CGUCUUCUUGUAACUUCCGAGACCAGUGUCACUAGUAACUGACACGACCACGCGUGUUAAAUGAUGUUUAAUGGAGCUCCAGGAUAAAAUACCCGUGCCGAUAUUUAAUGAAGUGGACAGAUGUGUGUUUCUAAAAGAGAUUUAUCCAGAGCGCAGACCAGCCGUGCUGAGAGGAGUCGGUCUGGGACCGUGUCUGGAGAAGUGGACGGUUGAAUAUCUGGGAGAAAAAGGAGGAGACAGGGAGGUGAAGGUCCAUGUAUCCACAGUGACACAGAUGGAUUUCCUUCACAAAAACUUUGUCUACAAGACUCUGCCAUUUAAUGAAUUUGUUAGAAGAGCAUCUGAAACAAAACACUCUGACUACUUCUUGUCUGAGGAUGAGAGCUACUAUCUUCGAUCCCUGGGAGAGGACAUCCGCAAGGAACCUGCUGAUCUGAGCAAACAGUUCCCAGACCUGGCGGAGGAGUUUCACAUCCCCCAGUUCUUUGAACCGGAUCAGUUCUUCUCCAGUGUCUUUCGUAUCAGCUCAUGUGGUCUGCAGCUGUGGACACACUAUGAUGUAAUGGAUAACCUGUUGGCUCAAGUAACAGGGAGAAAGAGAGUGGUUCUCUACAGCCCCCAAGAUGCCUUACACCUCUACCUAUCGGGUGAUAAGUCUGAGGUCCUGGAUAUCGACGCCCCUGAUCUGAAACACUUUCCUGAGUUUGUGAAGGCAAAGAGAUACGAGUGUGUGCUGGAGCCUGGAGACCUGCUUUUCAUCCCGGCUUUGUGGUUCCACAACACUCUCGCCCUGCAGUUUGGAGUGGGCGUUAAUGUCUUCUGGCGCCAUCUUCCUGCACACAGCUAUGACAAAAAGGACCCGUAUGGUAACAAAGACCCACUGGCUGCUUCUCGGGCUUUGCAGGCUCUGGAGAGGGCUCUGAACAUGCUGAAUGAACUUCCAGCAGAGUACAAAGACUUCUACGGCCGGCGGAUGAUUCAGCGCAUCCAGAAGCGGACAUGCUGUGAUGAUCCAUCAGGAGGAAAUAAAGACUCUAAGACUACAUUACUUAACAGUCCAUUCACCAAGCCUGCAUGAGGGUGCGGACGAAGCAUAAUAACCAAUAAAUAAAAUACCAUCUGUCCCAUGUGUUGCAGAGAAAUUACAUAAUGCUGUUCUGUUCUGCAAAAGUUAUUUUGACCCAUUUUUUACCUCAGGUUGUAACCAUGGCAACUUUUAUCUUCCAGGUACCUUUGAUUUUCACUGUGUUUAAAGAUUAAAACACGACCUUAAAUCAGUCAGCCCCCUAACAUUAUGCGUAGGUCUUCAUCAUGACCACUAAAGAGACCAGGAGUCUUAAUGGAUAAAACUGGUUUCCCACAGAUGAUAUCAGACCCUGUCCAGCGAGUUUGGAGGAUGGUGAGCACCUCAGACUCUUUGUUGAACUCAUCAAGCCUGUUCUGAGCAGUUUUUGUGGGGACUCAGUAAUGCUACUGUGGAGAAGUGUUGUCUAUUGGGAUUGGAAGGUUUUGGCAUUAUCAACAUGUCCAACUCUCCCACAAGCUUCAAUAAAUGGUUCGACUGCUUCAGAUUAAAAACGCUGGGAUGCUGUAUAAAAUGGAAGCAAAUAAAAACCGAGCAAUGAU